CAUACCCAAACAAACCAAAUUUGUAUCUACUCUGUUCAAAAGCUAGCCAUGGCUGAUGGCUCUUUCUACAUUGAAGAGAGAUGGCUAAGCUGGCAACAGCUGCAACUUGGCGUCCUCCUCUGCCUCACGCGUAUCCUUCAUUUCUCUAAUUCUCUCCUUCCUUCCCCGCCCCCAUCAUCUCUCAUCCUCUAAUCUCUAGAUAUAAAUACCGCCUCUGCCUCAACAAUCCUCUUCACAACUCAAACAAACCCUUGUCCCCCUGUUUUCCCUCCACUAAUCCCUCUCCUCCCCGAUAAACCCUAAACCUGAAAAUGGGUACCUCCUCUUUUCAUCAAAGCCUGCUCAUUUCCAUGGCUGUGCUAGCCACGAUGGUCGGAGCUGCCAUCGGCGGCAACUUCUACCAUGACUUCGAUUUAACUUGGGGAGGGCAGAGAGCCAAGAUAUUCGGCGGCGGCCAGCUUCUGUCUCUGUCUCUUGACAAGACCUCCGGCUCUGGAUUCCAAUCCAAGAAGGAGUACUUGUUCGGCCGGAUCGAUAUGCAGCUCAAGCUCGUCGCCGGAAACUCUGCCGGCACCGUCACCGCUUACUACGUAUUGUCAUCUCAAGGCGCAACUCACGACGAAAUUGAUUUUGAGUUCUUAGGGAAUGUGAGCGGAGAUCCUUAUAUUUUGCAUACGAAUGUGUUCACUCAGGGGAAAGGUAACAGAGAGCAGCAGUUCUACCUCUGGUUCGACCCAACCAAGAACUUUCACACUUAUUCCAUCAUCUGGAAGCCUCAGCACAUCACAUUCUUGGUGGACAACACCCCGAUCAGGGUAUUCAACAAUGCCGAGAACAGGGGAGUUCCAUUCCCCAAGAACCAGGCGAUGAGGCUGUACUCAAGCUUGUGGAAUGCGGACGAUUGGGCGACACGGGGAGGGUUGGUGAAGGCGGAUUGGUCCAAGGCGCCAUUCACUGCUUACUACAGGAACUUCCAGGUCACCCCUGUUUCUUCUUCCCGGUCCCGCAGCAGCGGUGGCGCGUUUGCGAGUGGGGACUGGCAAUCAAAUGCAUUGGACGCGAACUCCAGACGGCGGCUGAGAUGGGUCCAGAGGAAUUUCAUGAUCUAUAACUAUUGUACUGAUCUCAAGCGCUUCCCGCAAGGCCUUCCUACCGAAUGCAAAUGAUUUGAUUAGUGGCGUUUAUUAGAAUUUGGCUCUUGUUUGUAUAGUCUGCGUGGAACCAAACUAUUUUUCUUUUGUUCAUUUCCGCUCUCCAAAAUAAUUUCCACUUGUAAUGUAUCUUUCCCCCUCUUGAUUCAAUGCCAUAUUGCAAUUCAUCAACUUGAAGUCUUUGAACAAGCAAUGCCAUUUCUUAGGACACUGGAAGUUUCUAAAACUUUAAUUUAUACUUCCAUCGAAAUAAAU